CUUUUAUAUCUAAACACCCUCUCCUAUCAAGAGGCUAGCUGUUGACCGUCUCUCUCUUCAUCUACUGGAAUUUCUUUCUUUGUUGGUUUGAGAUGGACAUUAAACCUUUCCUUCAUGAACACCACUUGCUCUUUGAUUAUUAUGAGGCGUGUUGUGAUAAAUGCAAUAAGCAAAUUCAUGAUUGGGCCUAUUCUUGUGAAAGAUGCAAGUUUUGGUUGCACGAGUCCUGCGCUAAACAACAGCUACCUCCUCAGAUAAGUGCACAUCCUCUCCACUCCGAGCACAAUCUUACCCUAUUUUCUUUGACGGAUUACGUAUGCGCUAAAUGUUCCAAUCUUUCUCGUGGUCAUGUAUACUGUUGCAAAAAUUGUGAUUUUAAGCUUGAGUACCUAUGCGCUUUUUCACCUAAUGCUGAGAAUAAUAAACUCAUAAUUGAUGGCCACAUAUCCAAAAAAAUUCACCAUUUCAUCUUUAACCAGUCGUUGAUCCUCUUUAACUAUAGGAGAGUGGGAAAGUAUGAUUAUUGUUGUAGUUGGUGUGAGAAGCAUCUAUCUGGAAUGUCCUAUGGUAAACUUGAAUUCUUUAAUCAAGUUUUCUUUCAUGAUUCCUGUUUAAUCAACAUGCCUAGCAUAAUCGUAAAACACCCCUUUCAUCCAUCACACCCUCUUCAAAUACAGAUGGUCUUCUCUAAAUACCGUUGCAAUGCUUGUAACUACUCAUUGAAGGGGAUCCAAGCCUAUUGUUGUAAAAAAUGCGGAUUCUACCUUCAUGUUCUUUGUGCUAGACUCCAACCCAGUCUCAAGGUUGAGUUACAUGAGCAUUAUCUUUCUUAUUUUCAAAUAAAAUCUAGAUGGCGUGGCUUUCGGUGUAAGAUAUGUAAUUCCAAUUGCAGUGAUGGAAAUAAGGAAAGUGUUUGUUAUCGUUGUGUUCAGUGUGAUUUCAAUUACCAUUUCAAUUGUCUUGGAGUACUAUCUUCUACUAGACAUAAGUAUCACAGGCAUGAGCUAAUGCUUAUUGAUUCAUUUAUAGAAGAUGAUUCUAAGGAAUAUUAUUGUGAUAUUUGUGAAGAAGAAAGAAAACCCAAGCAUCAUGUUUAUUGUUGCAAGAAAUGCAAAUUUGUUGCUCACAUUGAAUGUGCACUCAAUAAGGUUGUCGAUACAAAACUUGACCAUGGGUCAGCCUCUGGGUUGUUGGUUAGCAAAGAGGAAACAGAGCAGAGAAAUGCAGAAUUUCCCACUCAUCUUAGCAUGCAGAUUAAAUAUAUCGAUCAUCCACAUGUCUUGAGCUAUAAUGAGGCUACUGAACAGAAUAAAAGUCUUCUCUGCAAAGCUUGCUGUCAAGAAAUUUUUGAUCAACACUAUGCUUGUGAAGAUUGUGAAUACUACUUACAUGAAACAUGCACUACAUUGCCGUAUGAGGUGUCACACCCCCUUCAUCGCCAGCAUCCUCUCAAGCUUUUCACUGAUAUAGGCGCAUUUCCAUGUUCCCAAUGUAGGGACUAUUCUGAUGGAUUUUCUUACAUUUGCUAUCCAUGUGAUUUCAAACUUGACGUGAAAUGUGCUGCCAUUCCAAUUGCACCUAAUAAAGAGGGUCGAGGGCAAAUAGAGAUGGAGAGACUCUCCAAGUUAUGCCCUUUCAAUCAUAAUCAUAAGCUAGAGUUCUUUAACUGUAGAGCCAAUGUCAUCAAAGAUUUGAAAUGCUAUGCUUGCCUCCUACCAAUCGUGGGUUCAGCCUAUAGAUGUCGUGAAUGUUUUUACACCUAUGCGCAUGAAUCUUGUCUUGCACUUGUGCGCGAGAUGCAACACCCAUUUCAUCCAUUACACUUUCUUCAUCCACAAAUCUUUUUACGGAUGUGGUCCCCUUUUUGUUUUGCUUGUGGAAACUCAAUCGACAUGGGCUAUAGUUGUCAGAAGUGUGAUUUCCACCUUCACUUUAAUUGUGCUGACUCCCUGAAGCGAGCCUUAAAGUAUAAGUCUCACGUUCAUAACCUUUAUUAUUUUAGAUUACGUACUGAGAUGCACCCUCGAGCAUGCAACAAAUGUGAAAGCUCGUUGGAUAGUCAACCUUUCUAUCACUGCUUGGAGUGUGGUAUACGUUUGCACAUUAAAUGUGUUCCAAUACCACAUUUAAUUAAAUCUAAAUGUCACAUUCAUCAUUUGAUUCUUAAAGAUCAUUUUGUAGAAGAUGAUUCAAGAGAAUACUAUUGCGACAUUUGCGAAGAAGAAAGGAACUCAAAUAAUCAUGUCUAUUACUGUGAAGAGUGUUAUGGACAAUUUGUUGCUCACAUCGAGUGCGUGCUUCCUACAGUGGACAAAGCUGAACCAGCACCGGAGGCUUCUCUCAUUCAGAAUUAACUAUGCUCUAUACAAGCUGAGAGCUAAAGGAGUUUAACGAAAGAACAGCUGAGUGAUGAAGAAAUCCAACCACGGAGGAGCCAACAGAGGAGUUGCAGACGGAAAAGGCAAAUUAGUUCUGGCCUUGCUUGUCUAGAUGAAGCAUAAUUCCAUGGAGGUACUGUUAUGUUAUCAGCAAAAGAACCCUGUGAAGAACUUUGAAUGUUUCCCGAUUAAGCAUGUUCUCGUAGUCAUGGGCGUCAAAAAUUUGACACUUGUGGAGUGAUGUUUUUCUUCUGUAAACUCUGUUAAAAUAUAUCAUUUACAGACUAUAACAGCAACUGAGACUUGAGUUAAUGUUAGGAAUCAAAUGAUAAUAGGAUUAUAUUAAGAAUUUAA